CGAGAUACAGACGACGUGCACGACAGUGUUCAUACGCCGAACGGAAUUUAGUGAUUCGGUCUCUACAGUUAUAAGCAAAUAUGAUAAAAAACUUUCUAAAGUCUUAUAUAGAAGGAUUAAAAAGUAAAUGCAAAUAUAUUGGUAUAACAGAAAUACAUGAUGAUAUGUUACAUCUGCUUAACGGGGAAAUAUGAAAAAGAUAACGAACAGUGAUUAAAAUUAAACAUGUGAUUAAUGGGGGAACCAUGUGAGAAAACAUUAUAACGGGUGUCAUCCUUUGACAUUCAGGUAAAAUAGUUUCACUAGAAUAACCAUAUGCUAAAAAUAUCUAUCCCUUGGCAGUGAUAAUCUUCGUAAAAUGCAGUGUCCCCGGGCCUACUAAUGAAAAUACUAGUACAUGGAGAGAGAGAGAGAGAGAGAGAGAGAGAGAGAGAGAGAGAGAGAGAGAAGGGGGAAUCCGGUUUUGAGGUAUAAUUUCUGUUUAAGUUUCAAACAGAUGUGUUUUAUAAUUAAACACAGUGGGUUUAAAUACUAAUAAUUUAAAAGUUAUUUCGUUCUCAUUAUUGUCAAAAGAAAAAUAGUCUUGCUAUGUCGUACGUAAGGGAUACCAAGUCGUAAAACACUUUUUCAUAUAGGUUUUAUUUUAUUUUAUUAAUAUUUUGGUUUAAGUUUUGGUUCUUUGUUUUGUUUUGUUUUUUGUUGUUGUUUUUUUUUUAGGGGGGGGGAGUAUUUUUGUUUUUUAUUUGUUUUGUUGUUUGAUUUACAUUAAUUAUAAACCAGACAGCUAAAGAGCUUGGUGUUUUCAUUGUCUUGAUGAGAUUUAAACAUCCGCGAUGCUCCACGAUAAUUUCUUCCGCAUGUUUCCAUUAAUUCGUACACAUUUUAAAAUGUUUUAUUUUUAUAUAAAUGAAGGUGAAGCAUGCAAUUAAAAGCUGCACAUUUAAGGCAACUUGACAUCCGUCAGUUUAACGUUUUUGUUCUAUAAGACAUAUAUAAAAGAGAGAGACUGUCAUAAUCCUCUGUGUCGCUGUCAUACACCAUUAUCCAGGCGUGAGUUUACAAACAUGGAGAUUUGCACAGCAUGCUGGGUAGGUUUCAUUUUAGUGCAGUAUUCUCUUGGACACAACAUUAAAUACCCGGACAUGUUCAAGGAAGAUGUAAAAAGAUAUUGCAGGGAAGAGAACUGUAACCUGGCUCAAUACAGUUACCAUAGAAACAGUUGUCAAGGUCCUAACUUCUGGAGCCGGAUUACUCCAUGCUGGGGUAACUGUUCCUCUUUUCAUCAAUCCCCGGUGAACAUCAUCACCGAGGCAACACUUUACCGACCAUACGGUGGACUGAAGUUCUCAAAUCUGUGUGAAAGGGUCGCUGUCAAGCUGGUCCACAAAGGACAUUCGCCCCACUUCAAGGUGACGGGUGAACAGAAGACUGUGUUGUGUAAUGUCCCACACCGGGGCACUGACCAGUAUGUGUUCGUCGACGUGCACGUCCACAUUGGGAGGAAAAAAGAACGCGGGUCUGAACACGCGAUGAAUGACGUCUUCUACCCGAUGGAGGCGCAUUUGGUUUUUGUUAACGACAAAUAUAGAACCUUCCAGGAAGCUAGAACACGGCCCGGGGGACUCGUCGUCAUCGCAAUCAUGAUAGAGAUUGACGAGGACAGACAGAAUAGGCGUUCAAAGAAACGCGGGAGCAAAAAACAUCGAAAGUCACGAUCAUGUGGGAACACAGACGGAUGUAAAAGAAAGAGUGCCACAGUGUUAAGUCAUCUGAUGAAGAAAUACUAUGCAAAGAUAGGCAAAGUUCCUGUGGAUCCUAAAAAUGAUGUUAAAAAAAUUAUCACAGUGGAUGUUCGGGAGACGAUUUCUCUCAACGAUCUUCUACCGUACGACUUGAGUUACUACACGUACCACGGCUCACUGACCACGCCCCCUUGUUAUGAGACGGUUCAGUGGAUAGUGAUGAGGUGUCCAAUCAUCUUGUCUAGGAAGGCGUACAAAGCCUUAGCAACCGUACCAGAUACCAGCGGUCACCCACUCAGCAAGUACGGCACAAGAAGACCAUUGCAAAGGGGGAUCAUCGACCACCCCGCGGUAUUUGUAGAGCGCAAUUUUAGGUGCAGUUCAAAGGGGAAUAGGAGGAAUGUAUGCUGAAGAAGGGGUUGAUCUCAAACGUUGUGAUUGCUUUCAGGGAUUGUUUUCCAGGAAUUCAUUUGUUUUUCCAUGACAAACAUUUAUGAAAUGGAUUUUUAUAGACAUGAAUAAAUGUCCAUUUAUGAAUGAUAAUGAUUUGAAAGGUCAGAAAUUCUGAUUUUAUGAAGGAAGCUGUCACUAGUUACAUAUUGUGAAUACAUGGCAGACUGUCUCUCUAACUGUACUAACUCUCUCAUCACGUGAAGCCUAUUGGUUCAAAGCGGAAUAUACCUGAAAUUAAACGUGACACAUUGAA